AUGCUUUAUCAACAAUCAUAUCCAAUAACAAAUAAAUUGUUAAAUGCUGACACUGCUGGUAGUACCUCCACAUCUUCUAUCAUGGACGGUGGGUGUACUUUGUCCAAACCUGGUAAUGCUAAAACAAAAUCAGCAACUUCAUUACCUUCAUUCAAUGAACUACUUACCUCCAUCCCAUUACCAAAUGAGUUUAAGCCAGCAACCAACAAUACUAAACAAGGAACGUCACCAACUACAGUGACAUCUCCUUAUAGUUAUUACAUGGGUCCACCAGUUCAACAUCGUUUACCAACACCACCACCAUAUCCAACAAGCUCCCCAACAAUAGCAACGGCUGCCACUCCGUUACCACAACACUCGCCCUACUUACAGCCGCAACAAACACUACAACAACCUCAACCCUACCAUCAACAGUACUACAACUAUCAAUAUGCUGCUACUUCUGCUUCUGCUGUUGCUGCUCCACCUCCUUAUCCUCACUCCACCCAAGUGAGCUCUAUUCCACCACCACCAUUACCAACAACAUAUCACCAACGCAACCAACAACCUGUUUACCAACAGAAUGGCGGAGUACCGAUUAUGAUCAGACCAUCACCAGGAUUAAUCACUCCUACAUCUACUACUUUUGACCAUGCCAAGAUACGGUCAAAUUCUACUGGAAAUAUAUCUAAUACCACUAGUAGUCAAAGUAAAGACCCAAGAAGAAAACAUGUUUGCAAAGUGUGUUCGAGGUCGUUUACCACUUCAGGACAUUUGGCAAGACAUAAUCGUAUUCAUACUGGAGAAAGAAAACAUCAAUGUCCUUGGCCAACUUGUGAAGCCCGUUUUGCUCGUCAAGAUAAUUGUAACCAGCAUUACAAAACUCAUACCAAUGGAAAAAAUAAACGAAACAGACAACAACACAGGAAUGUGGGAUCUUCACACGUUGCAACAAAAUACAACACCAAGAGCUUAGUAUAG